UAUUUCAAAUCCACUUAUGUAAUACUGGUACAGCUGGAAGCUUGAGUCACAGCAGCUGGGCGCUCACUAACUUUGCAGCGUGUGCUGUCACUGUCAGUGAGCUGACAGUUGUUGUUAUGAUUACUGCGCACGCCCCUGGAACCAUGGCCGCUGCCCGUUUAAGAGAGUCCUGCGCAGCAGCGCGUCGCGGCACUCUCUCCACGGGAGAGAAAACACUCAAAUCUGGAGCACCACACAAAACUACCAGCUCCAAUUGUCAUUUGUUAGCAACAAAGAUGACAGCGACCAUUAUCCCACCUUUCUUUGAACGCAGAGAAGUCUCCAACGAGGUGUGGAGGAGUUCCUGUAAGCUGCACGUCUCUGAAACUCUUUGAACGACACGCAGCUUGUGUGGAGCAGCUAACUUUGAUCCGUGCUGUGUUCUCUGCUGCUGGCUAACGUGUACAUGUUGACGAACAAUAAGAUGUUGAACUACAGCAACAGCCACAGUCUUGGUGAAGCUCAGUUGACGCCUGUCACAUAUUCCAGUACCACCUCCUUUUCCGGUGCCCCCACUGUGCUGGACAGGAAGUUGGUGGGGGCCCCCUCUGCAGGAGGCCUGUUUCAGCGGAGUCACUCAGUCAGCCUCCCCGCUGCAAAGUUCAGUCAGUUUGAUAACAGCCUUAAAACCGACCCCUGUGUCAUGAUGGGCAGUAGCAACAAGGAGAACCGUUACUGUGAGCACUCCUACUCAGAGCUGGGGGACCAGCUGGGCUCCGGUGGUCAGGUGUGUGUGGGUGGAAGCAGCCAAGUCAACUCCAGCCGCUAUAAGACAGAGCUGUGCAGGCCCUUUGAAGAGAAUGGCACCUGUAAGUACGGUGAUAAGUGCCAGUUCGCCCACGGUAUGCAAGAGUUGCGCAGCCUGAACCGCCACCCCAAAUACAAGACGGAGCUGUGCCGCACCUUCCACAGCUCCGGGUACUGUCCGUACGGCCCCCGCUGCAACUUCAUCCACAACGCAGAGGAGCGCCGCGGGCCGCCUCCCCUCUCAUUCUUGAACAAGAUGGACAGCCCUCGGUUGAAGCAAAACAUCAGCUUCACAGGCUUCCCCAGCUGUGGUGGCCUGCAGGACAGCCCCACCUCCAUCACACCUCCACCCAUAUUCUCCGCCAAAGAUUUCACAGAGUGCCAGAACAACCCUUUCACUUUCUCCAGUCAGGACCUUGGCAGUCUGUUCAGCCCUAGCCUGGGCACAGUCGGGUCUGAGUCUCAGGGUCCAGCCCUGUCUACCCCGACCAUACCUAGCUUCUUCCAGCCCAUGCUAGAGAGCCCCCCCAGCCUCGCAGACUCUCUGUCCGACCAGGAGGGAUACCAGAGCAGCCUGGGCAGUCACAGCAGCUCUGAGUCUUCCCUCCUGGAUGCCUCCCGCCGCCUCCCAAUCUUCAGCAGGCUCUCCAUCAAUGAUGAGUAAAGAGAGAAAUUUCCCCUCCUCUGUUGUAGCCAGUGAGUCACAUAAACCCCUCCACCCUGAUUAUGUCUCUUUAACAUGUUGAAGAGUAUGAUCAACAAAUUCACACUGAAAUGAAGAGAUCACAUUAUGAGGUUGAAUAGAACAUAUUAUUGAGCCGUAUGUGUGUGUGUGAGAUCAGUACAGUGUGUCUCUGUGCUGUACUCAGUGUGUUGCAGUAUUGUGUAUGUACAGACAGCCAUUGUUAUCGAUUGCCUGUGCCACAGCCUUUACACCUCUGAGAGACUGUGAGUCUGCCUUCAGCCUGGAAGUGUUGUCAGUAGACGGUAAGAUUCUAACGUGCCUUGGAGCUUGGAGAUGACUCGCAUGAAGUCAGCACUAAGCCCACUUUCUUUUUCACUUGCAAUCAUGCCCAAUUUCCUGUUCCUUCACUUAAAGAGGCCCACUGACUGUUUCCAUGGCUCAGGCCAAGUGUCUUGUUUCAUUGAAUUGGUUCUGAUUAUGUGAGUGAAAAAAUCUCAGCAGUCAUUUUGAAACAUUUAAAAGAGACCAAAUUAGACAAAGCAGAAGAAAGCAAAUGUUCUCACUCGUGUUCUCUCACUGAUGACACUUGUUGUGCGUGGAGAUCUCUGUCUGAUUUGUCUGAGUUCCAGUGCUAGUUGCUCAAGUGUUUGUUUUAUUCCACAUUUCAGCAGGUUCCUCGAUUUUGAAAUGUUCAUACUAAGUUUUGAUCUUUUGAACAUUAUUCACACACUAUUAUUAUUAUUAUUAUUAUUAUUAUUAUUCUUAUUAUUAUUAUUAUUAUUGCUGAGUUUAUUUCCAUAGGCCUCAGAGUCAGGUCUUUGGUGUCACUGGUUAUUUAUCAGAAUGUAUUUAUUGUUGAUCUUAAGCAUUUUUAUUUAGUAUUUAUCCGGUAAAUGAAACAAUAGAAUCUAAUUUUUCUUCUAUGUUCAUUUCAAGAUGUUUUUUUUUUUCACAGUUAAUAUAUUCUACAUAUUUUGUAACACUUGAUUUCUGCUGAAAGUUAAUUUAAAACCAAGUUUAUUUAUUGUUUGCCCGUCCAACGCGGUGGACAGCACCUCAAGAAUCUGCUGUAGUCUUACAGCUCAAGGGGCAAAGUUAAUGCUCCAGUGCAUGCAGGGGGUUUCCCUGCUGCAGCUGCAUUAAUGAAGAUGAAAUUAUUAAAAGUUCAUACAGUAGUCACAUACUAACAAGUAACUCGUGGUUGAUUGAGGAAUUGGCACUCGGGUUGCAGGUGGUGCUGGUUUAACAGGGUUCUUAUGGUGUGUCUGUUUGUGUCUGAAGUGCCACCGUACAUACAUGGCUGUAUUUAUUUGCACUUCAAACCAAUUUUAAAGCCUGUCAACACCAAAAAAGGAAAUGUUUCAGUAUAUCUUCAGAGUUGUUUUGUUUUUAUUAUCCUUCAAGUUCACCAACGCUCCAGAAUUUGAUUGAAUCCAAAGUGUUCCAAGCUCAAAAUGUAGAAGCAGAAGUUGUUAAACCUGUUUAAAUCUCCCACCUGCACCUUGCACAAUGUCACAUUUCCAUUUCCAGAUGUUGCCAGUUAAUUGUCGCCUGGCCUCUCAGCCGUGCUGCAGUUGUAGGCAGCGUUCUCGUCAUGUAUCGGUGUCUCUCAAUGGGAUGAAGUUUGAUUUGAUUAUCAGUGUCACUGAAUCCGUUUUACUCUGUGACAAAAGCAUUAUAUGCUCUUAUUUUGAAAAGAUGAUGAUGGAAGUGUGUUUUCCUCAGUGACAUGCACACACUCACCAGCACUUUGAGUCUUGUUGAUGUAAAGGUUGUUUUUGACCAUAAAGUGCCUAUGAAUACAUUCCUUGUUUCCAGAUGUUGUGCCUUCAUAUUUUUCUAGAACAGGCCUGAAUGUCUGUGUAGGUUAACAGAGAUUAACAGGACUGUCACAUGAAAAACAACUGUUGAAUGUAUUCGCCAGCAGCCGUUGCUGUUACUACAGUAAUUAUUUUGUUUAUGGUCUAUUUUGUAUGGCCGCAGUUAAAUCAAUAAAAUAUGUAUUUAUAUUGAA